AUGCAUUGCGAGAGGUUUCUAUGUAUCUUGAGAAUACUUGGAACCACACUCUUUGGGGUGUCCCUCCUGCUUGGGAUCUCCGCUGCUUACAUUGUUGGCUACCAGUUUAUCCAAACGGACAACUAUUACUUCUCCUUUGGACUCUACGGCGCCAUUCUGGCAUCGCACCUCAUCAUCCAAAGCCUGUUUGCCUUCCUCGAACACAGGAAAAUGAAACGGUCUCUUGAGACGCCCAUCAAGCUGAACAAAACUGUUGCCCUUUGCAUUGCUGCCUACCAGGAGGACCACUACUUAAGGAAGUGUUUACUUUCCGUGAAAAGGCUCACCUACCCUGGAAUUAAGGUGAUUAUGGUCAUCGAUGGGAAUUCUGAAGAUGACGUUUACAUGAUGGACAUUUUUAGCGAAAUCAUGGGCAGGGAUAAGUCUGCUACUUACGUCUGGAGGAAUAACUUCCACCAGAGAGGCCCCGAGGAGACGGAAGAGUCGCAUAAGGAGAGCAUGCAGCACGUCACUCAGCUCGUCCUGUCCAACAAAAGUGUCUGCAUCAUGCAAAAAUGGGGCGGGAAAAGAGAAGUGAUGUACACAGCGUUCAAAGCACUGGGGAGAAGCGUGGAUUAUGUGCAGGUUUGCGACUCUGAUACAAUGCUUGAUCCAGCUUCAUCAGUGGAAAUGGUCAAGGUUUUAGAAGAAGAUCCAAUGGUUGGAGGCGUUGGGGGAGAUGUGCAGAUUUUGAACAAGUACGACUCGUGGAUCUCCUUUCUCAGCAGCGUUCGAUACUGGAUGGCGUUUAACAUCGAGAGGGCCUGCCAGUCCUACUUUGGCUGUGUGCAGUGUAUCAGUGGGCCCUUGGGGAUGUACAGGAACGCCUUACUCCACGAAUUCGUGGAAGACUGGUACAAUCAAGAAUUCAUGGGAUCUCAGUGCAGCUUUGGAGACGACCGCCAUCUCACCAACCGAGUCCUGAGCCUUGGCUAUGCAACGAAAUACACGGCUCGGUCCAAGUGCCUUACCGAAACGCCCAUCGAAUAUCUCAGGUGGUUGAACCAACAGACCCGCUGGAGCAAGUCCUACUUCCGAGAGUGGCUAUACAAUGCAAUGUGGUUCCACAAGCAUCACUUGUGGAUGACCUACGAGGCUGUCAUCACUGGCUUCUUCCCGUUCUUCCUCAUUGCCACUGUCAUCCAGCUUUUCUACCGGGGGAAGCUGUGGAACAUCCUCCUUUUCUUGUUGACAGUCCAGCUGGUGGGCCUUAUCAAGUCUUCCUUUGCCAGCUGCCUUAGAGGGAACAUUGUCAUGGUUUUCAUGUCCCUCUACUCAGUGUUGUACAUGUCCAGUUUACUGCCGGCAAAGAUGUUUGCCAUAGCCACCAUAAACAAAGCAGGCUGGGGCACGUCGGGCCGGAAAACCAUCGUGGUCAACUUCAUAGGACUCAUCCCGGUCUCCAUUUGGUUUACAAUCCUCUUGGGUGGCGUCAUUUUCACGAUAUACAAGGAAUCCAAAAAGCCAUUCACUGAAUCGAAACAGACCGUGCUAAUCAUUGGUACGAUACUUUACGCCUGCUAUUGGGUGAUGCUCUUGACUUUGUACUUGGUCCUCAUCACCAAAUGCGGAAGGAGGAAGAAGGAACAACAGUACGACAUGGUGCUUGAUGUAUGAUUCAACCACUGUGCCUCCCUUAACCCCAUUGUUUUUAUUUUCUUCUUUUGCUGCCCAUGGAAUCUUUCUUGUCACACGACGAACAUUCUAGCAUUUGUGGUACUUGAGAUCAUCAAGGGAAAAGGAUCACUGCUGCUGGGACUUGAACAUGAACGAAUUCAUGACCAUGCCAAAGCAAUAAUAAUAAUAAUAAUAAUAAUUAAAUGGGAUUGUGCCUUUUUGUCGGGAAAGGGUGGGGGUGGGGGAGAAGAAAAUCACACGGAUUCAACCCAUUCCUGUGGGUCGUCUCCCAACUAUGCACUUUCUUCUGUUGUGCGUACGCCCAAAAGUGUUAACGUCCUAUAUACCUCAUUGGCCACGCUCCUGUGGGCGGACAUGGAAGAAAGGGAGAUUUGGAGACACAAGCAAAGGAUCCGGUAACCCAUUUUAGGAUCUGCAACCUAAUUUAUGAACCUUCUUGUUGUUCUGUGACUUUUUUUUCUAGGAAGGGGUGCGAGUGAGCAUGUGGUUUGUGUGUGUGUGUGUGUGUGUGUGUGUGUGUGUGUGUUAGGCUGCAAACUGUAAUUCCAAAGUCAAGUUUUUAUAAGGGUUUUGAUGACCAAGGCUUUGUAUUUUUUAUAUAAUUGUAAUUAUUUGUCUCUGUUUACUUUUUACACCAGUCAUUUUUUUAAAAAAAAACACAAAUAAAUAAAAACCUCGUAUUUUAUAUUUCUGCCAAAAAGUACACUAUUUUCACCCCUCCCCGCCACUCUUACAGUCUGUCUCGCUUUCACCCCUCUAAGUAGGCUUUGAAAAACUCCUCCUUAAAAAAGAAAAGAAAAAGACUUGCCCACAAUGUGAAAAUGGUUUGCUGAUUUGAGUUUUCCCCCUUCCCACUAUUGAAAGAAGAAUUUUUUAAAAAGUCUCUGUAUUUUUAAACUGAUGAAUGUUUAUUUCUGUGAAAGUAUUUAAAUGUGUGCUUUUGACUUUAUUUGAGGGGUGGAAGGGAAAAUUAACAACAUUGUCAAUUUUUGGAGGCAAAAUCUUUGUGCGCGCAAGGAAUAGCACAAUCCCCAGGAGAAUCUCCUGCUUGGAUCCCCAUUGAAAUCCAUGGGAGCUGCGUUAAGUGAUCACAAACAGCUUCAGUGGCACCAUUUGGGCAGAUGUCCAGUGCCCCACAUAGUAGAAUGAUUAGAGUGAGAGGACAAAAACACCAGGUCUGACUUAACCAAAUAUUGAUGUCGCAACGAGACCGUUAAAUCCAGAGCCCAAAAUUCCACCUCCGGUUCUGCACAGCUCCCACCAAUUUCAGUGCGAAUUGCGGAGGAGAACUUUCUGUGGGAUUGGGCCCACAAAGGCCAAUGGGA